AUGGUGGUAGUUUUCUUGCUGGCACUAAGUUAUUUGUGCUCUCCCCUGGGAGCCUUGGUUCUGGAUUCUAACACCAUCAAGAGUUCUGCUGAAGUACAAGACCCUCGGAAGGGUUCUUCACAGUGCUUGAAUGACAAGGAUUGUGGUGCCAAAAAAUUCUGCCUCAAAUCCAGAGAUGAAAAGCCAUUCUGUGCAUUAUGCCGGGGGUUACGGAGGCGUUGCCAACGUAAUGGCAUGUGUUGCCCAGGGACUCUCUGUGUCAAUGAUGUCUGUACACUCGUUGAAGAGACAACCCCAAUCCUGGAAAGAAAUGAUGACCAAGAAGGCCUGGAUGCUAAGGUGACAACUCAGCAUCCAAUUCAAGAAAGCAAACCCAAAAAGAAGCCCAAUACUAACAAAUCUCAAGGCAGUAAAGGGCAAGAAGGCGAAAGUUGUCUACGAACUUUUGACUGCAAUCCUGGACUUUGCUGUGCUCGUCAUUUUUGGACAAAGAUUUGUAAGCCAGUCCUCCUGGAGGGGCAAGUUUGUUCUAGGCGUGGCCAUAAAGAUGGUGCUCAAGCUCCAGAAAUUUUCCAGCGUUGUGACUGUGGUCCUGGACUGUUUUGCCGAAGUCAAAGUACUGGGCCUCGAAAACAUUCACGUUUAAGAGUCUGCCAAAAAAUCUAGUCUCCAAAUACUUCAAGAUCUUGUGAAACACAAAACUGAAAAUGAUUCUUAAAGCCUUUAAUAUAGACAUUUCUUGUAAUAGGAUCACGCAACACUUGAAGUAAUUUAAAGCUAGACUAUCUGAUACUUUGAAACUACUACUGUAAACCAUGGUGGAAAAGGAGCUGGUUCUUUGUCUGUGUUCUUCAAUGUACAUGAAAACUGAGGUCCCUGAAAACAAAAAAAUGUAGUUUUAACCUGGUGACUCAAUUAACAACAAACCAUUAAGUGGUUUCUUGACAGAUAUGGAAGAAAAGUAAAAGAGUUUGAAGGCAAUAGUAAAUCAAUUCCUAUAGACUUUACAGUGAGAACCUAAACAUCUGUUUUGAUAAUGACUUCUCAUCCCCUAAGACACAAAUGCCAUAUCAU